AUGACAUCCCCCCUGUUCACCAAGAAGAUAACAUUACUGCUCCGGAAGCUCGGCUACAAGAGCGAGUUUAAACGGGAAUUCUCGCUGUUAGAGACGAUCUCAUUCUCGAUGGCUAUCCUAGCUGUAUCUUGUGGAAUCACUACCGGAUAUUCCUAUCCUUUACUUUCAGGGGGCCAUUUUGCCAUGGUAUGGGCAUGGCCCAUAGCGUGCAUAUUUGUCAUGUGUGUUGCUGCAACAAGCGCUGGGCUGUACUAUUUCUCAGCGAAAAUGGCUUCGAAGGAACACUCCGCUCUUGCGUCUUGGAUAACCGGAUGGAGUAACAUCACAGGCCAAGUAACCUUGAUUUGCUCCAUUAACUUCAGUUGCACGGAGCUCAUCACCACAGCAAUAGCAAUGGGCACGGACGGCGCAGUGGUCUUGGGGUCAGGCGCGACAUUUGGCAUAUUAAUGCAUCCAAUCCAGGCUAUCCACCUCACACAAUUGAUUUUCUGCUCAGCUGGAACUCUGAGUACAUCGAUUGGGGCAAUUGUCUCCUUGCUCGCUUGCGCCGGAAAUCAGAGAGUCUCAUCAGUGGAUGCGUGGACAAAGUUCGAGAACAAUACCGGAUGGAGCAAUAAUGUCUGGGCUUUCAUUCUCGCUUUUACAUCACCAAUGUGGUCAUUGACAGGUUAUGACUCUGCUGCCCAUAUCGCUGAGGAAACCGCAGGAGCUGCACGUGCAGCACCUAUUGCGAUUUUGGUUGGGGUUGCCGCAACUGAGAUCCUGGGCUGGCUUUAUUACAUCGCUGCCUCUUAUGCUACCACCUCGGUUCCAGACAUCCUGCAGUCGAAACUAGCGCUCCCUCUUGGCCAAGUAUUUUUGAAUGUCCUGGGGAAGAAAGGGUGCUCUGGCCCUCUGUACCUUUGCGGAUGUUCACAAGCGGUCGACGCCUCUCGCCGCAUCAACCGUACGACGCAGACUCCAGUGAAUGCUGUAUGGUUUGCGAUGCUGCUCUCUGCCAUUUGUGGGACAUUGGUAUUUUCCACGGCAGCGUUUAAUUCAUUGGCAUCAGCGUCUGUGAUAGGUUUAUAUAUCUCAUAUGUGACGCCCAUAUACUGUCGUGUUACCUGGGGGAAAGACAAACUACAGCCUGGCCCAUUCACUCUCGGUUGGUGGUCUUUUCCGAUUGGCUGGAUAGGUAUUGUCUGGGUAGUAUUCAUGGUCGUCAUGCUACUCUUUCCAUACACACAGACGGCCAGUGUGCAAACCAUGAAUUAUUCAGUAGUGAUCGUCAUGGCCGUCUUUGUAUUUGCCGGAGGAUCGUGGAUAUUCUCCGCGAGACAUUGGUUCACAGGACCCGUCUCGAACAUCGACGUGCAGAGCGAUUCAUUAUCGUAUUCGGAGAAACAUAACACGCAGCGAAAUAGUUUUUAG